UCUCUCUGUCUCUGUCUCUUUUUCCUUUUGGUGUUUUAUCAGCGCAGAGUUGGUCUUAGAUGAAAAAAUAGAAUACAAUGAUCUCGCAAAGUGUAUCGAAGAUGAAACAACUUUAGAUGUGGACAAAUAUCGACACACUAGCCAGUGGGAGUAAAGAGAUUCAGCCAAAAGAAGAUUUACAGCUGAAAAAUGCCAAUGGACCUUGUGGAGAUCCCAAUGAUCCUCGUGUAAGAUUAAAACGUGAUUAUGUUGGUAACAUGGCUGCAUUUAAACUCAAGGAUGCUUCUAGUCAUGUUAAUAUUUUGGCAAACACACAUCUUUGCUGGGAUCCAGAUUGGGCUGAUGCAAAGCUUUCACAGGCUAAAUACCUUCUUUCACGCUCAGCACAAUUCAAAACACUAGUAGCUGAUAAAUUUCAAUGCACGCCUUCUGUAAUGGUGGCUGGUGACUUCAAUUCAACACCUGGAGAUAAGGUUCAGCACUUCUCCUGUUUGUACUCUUGGAUUUCUACUUGCCUAUCGGCUAUCUUAGUAGCAAUCGGUUACAUGUUUCCUGCAUGUCACAUCUAGAUAGCAGGUGUGGUGGCUUAGUGAAAGUUUUGAGCAUUCCCUUCCCUCCAGUCAAAUAAUUUAUUCCCAUAUUUUCUUCAGCCGCUUAAUUUCUAAAUUCAGCAUGUGGACUACUGCUAUUUGUGGGAUGGUGCUGAAGGGAUUUAUUGCAAUCGAGUCAGACGAUCACACAAAAAACCAAGAAAAAUAAGAGAGACACACGAGA